AUGUUGGCCUUUAGCUUGGGUUCGAGCGCACUGUUGAUUAUUGAGAAACCCAAAACUCAGCGAGCAUUAAAAUUUUUCAUCACGGUACUGGUUUUUCUCGUCGCGGUAACUCUAAGUGUUUUGAUGCCCACCCCUUUCGGUGCUGCGAUUUUGUCGAACAAUCUUGUUGUUAUCUCUCAGAUAAUAAUAAAAUUAUGGAUUUCAUUCAAUUUCUUAUGGUACUUCCCCUGGGAUAGGCUGAUUGUAUUAAACACUACGAAGAACAACCUGAACGACACUGGCUUAGAAAACCCCGUUGCCGUUACUGACGACAAUUAG